AUGUCGCAAAACUGUCUGAGGCCUCUGGCCCCUGCGUCACCGAUUCGCCCCGCUCAGAUUUCCGACCCAAACAACUUUCGAUUACCGACCAAACAGCGACGGAAUACCACAACAGCAUGCACCGCUUGUCAAAAACGUCGUACCAAGUGUGACGAUUAUACCCGUUGUGCAGCCUGUUUGGCGAGACAAACAGAUUGUAUCCGCGAAACGGAAAAGGAUGGCCGCAGGAGGAUGGUGUGGAAGGAAAAGAUCGAAGAGUUGGAAUUGGAUCGAAAAAUGCUCUCCGAUUUGAUGGAGGCGAUCCGGAAUGGUGAAAAAGAUCAGGUGGAAAACCUUGUUGGUAUAAUCCGAACGACUACGUCGAAUGAGCAAGUCUCCAGCUAUAUUUCCACGAACUUUUCUCGCGCAGCAGAGGAAGGACCGCCCUACAAGGCUUCAACAUGCCAGCAGCCGCAGCAGUCACCUGCAAGUCGUUUGUUCAGAGCCACAUUGGGAACCAUUAUGCCCGUGUUCGAGGUACCAGCCAAACCUUGGACGACCGUCACAGAUGAUGACGGGCUCGUGUCGCAUCUCCUAUCACUAUGGUUUACAUGGCGCCAUUGGUGCUAUCCGUUUAUUGAUCGCGAUACCAUUGUCUCGGCCAUGCAAUCUGGACGCGAGAAUGAUGGAAUAUGUACGGUAGCUUUGGUGAAUAUGAUCCUGGCAGAUUCUUGCUUUGAUUAUGACAUUCUGGAUAACGGUCAUGUACCUCCGUCGAACGAGAAACCCCUACAAGAUCUCUUUUACGAGGAAGCCAAGAGAUAUGCAGAGACAACAACGCAGAAGAGACUCAUACCGUCGAUACAGUUCAUGGCGAUCCAAUGGAUGUUUUUAGAGAACCGCGGUAUUAAUAAGCUCGCCAAUGUUAUCAUGCGAGAUAUGAUCGACCAUCUAAAGCAGUUCAAAAAGCCUAGUCAAUAUCAAGAGGCCAUGACGCAACCUGGAAAAGAGCCAGUCUCUAGUGCGCAGCAACUUGCGGCAUACACUGGCUGGGCUGUGUUCGCCUCUACCACCGCUGCAACUUUUGCGGUCCGAAACCGACCUGUGAUGGAACCUCCUACCAACUGGAAGGCUCCUCUCCAUCGAGGGAACUUGACUGAAGUGUGGUCACCCUACCCCCGUGAUAACCUUCCUGCAGUUCCCCAUCCCAUUUGUUACCUUCAACACCUGAGCGGUUUGUACGAUAUCUGCUACCACAUCAGUCAGCGUGUUUUCAUCGACGACAAUGUGAAUAUCAAAACCGUCACGCGUGACAAUCUGGAAGAGCUUCAUGGUGACUUAACAGUUUGGUACGACAAUCUCUCGGAUUGUGUCCAAGUUACGGGAUUCAAAACACCCCACACUUUGAGUUUAUAUGCCCAGUAUCAUUGGGCUGUGUUGGUAUUAUCAGAAAUGACAUUGACACUACAAGCUGAGGAUGAAGACGAUUCAACACUCGGUCUUCUCGUUCCUGUUGUACGAGCGCAAAACAUGACCUCAGCCCUGGCCAUAGCCGACCUUGUCCACCUUCAGUCGGUGAACUGGGGCGUCGACCAUAUCCCUAUUAGCUUUCUUCAGCCAGUCAACGCGGCCUUGUCUGUCGUCGUCAACGACGUCAAUGGCGAUCAGUGCAAAUCGUCCUUUGUGAAACUGGCUGUAGCUUUGCACGGUCUGUCUCGCCGUUCGGUUUCCGCAGAGAGUAUGUUGCGUGAUUUACAUCUCAGAAUACGUCAACUGCAGCUUAUGUCGUCGAACCAUGUGGAAAACAUGUUCAAAGACGCCGAUGUCCACUUUGAAGGCAGUGUUGUUUCACCUGCUGUUGGUGUGGCGGCUACAGGUGAAGCUGCGAGAGCAUUUGGUGACGGCCUGAUGGCGGAAUCUUAUGAGGCAUUGGUGGAAAAAUGGAGCCGAUUUCUUACUAGAGCUUCAUCUUCUUCAGAUUCAUCAUCCAGCUGGCAGAACGACAAAUGA